AUGUCGGGGAAGGCCCUGUAUGCGCACAAAGGAAGGGAGACGCCUAGAAAGCCCGAUGGCUCCCAGUGGGCUGGGACGAAGACCCAAGGAGUGAGAUCUUCAGCUCUGAAAACAGACAGCAUGCGUGUUGCGCUGCGGCCUCGCAGUGGUUGUCUGGUGCUCUGUCUGGGCCUGUCCGUGGCCACCCUGCUGCUACAGAGCCUCUGGAUGCCUCCGGAGAUGAGAGGGGAUGAAGCUGCCGGGAGAUCACCUGAGGAACAGGGUCAGCACGGCUUUGGCUUUCAUCGACUUGAGCUUCGCUUAGAGGCUUUGAGUAGUGAGGUACAAAGGCUGAGCAAAGAAAGAGACGACCCCCAGCUGAACAGAUAUGAACCCAGUUUGCUCCUGCAGAGUUUCAGACAAGACCAGCAAGGCCUGGCUCGGCUGGUGGAGAGGGAGCUGCAGAAAGUGUCCCAAAGACUUGACCAGCUCAGUGGCCAUCACCACCAUCACGAGGCCCACACACCAGCUACACCUGAUGACAAUAACCCACACACAGGACCCGGGGAGAAGUGUGAAGUUCCAAUGAAUCCUGCAUAUCCGGUGUGUGCAGAGAAAGUGGAGUUCCUGUGGACACAUUGGCAAAAAGAUCCCUGUUAUGCUUUUUAUGGAGUGGAUGGUACCACGUGCUCCAUUUUGACAUAUCUUAGCCAAAUAGAGAACUUUUGUCCACCCCGUUCUGGAACAAAUCACUCUUCUCUGUCAUGGCAUCAGAAACAUCAUUCAUACACUGUGAAGACUGAUAUGUGCGUAACUCUAAGCUCACUGUACGAAGUGAUUGGCAACAGCAGCAGUCCGGCAGUAACAUUCAUCAAGUCCAGGGUGAGAAGAAUGUCUGCACACUGGAUAAAGGCCGGUUUGAGGAUAAAACAGAGCAGCAACAACACAGCUUCCACCAAGUUAAAGGUGUUACUUUACCCUGGUGCCCUGGCCGGGAGUGUUGGUCAGCAUUUUGAAUCCAUGGUGGAGAGAGGGGGUCCUCUAGGAGAGCUGGUGCAGUGGGCAGACCUCAGUGCCUGCCUGACCGUCCUGGGACACAGCCUGACCUUCAGCACCUCGCAGCGGCAGCUCCGCAGCCUUAUAGGGGCUGCGCCAGGCCGAGGCAGCUGUCCCAUCCAGAGACCUCUCACCUUUGACCUCAUCUAUACUGACUACCAUGGGCUUGCACACCUUCAAGGGUCCAUGGGACUGGCUUUCCAGUAUUACCAGAUCUUGGACUCAUUUGGAACUGAACCAGUCUUCAACUUUCCAAGUUAUGCACAUAGCCAUGGAUAUAAAACACUGUGGGGGAGCUGGGGUCUCCAACCUCUGCAGUACAUGACCAUGUUCCCUCAUACUCCUGAUAACUCCUUCCUGGGCUUCGUUAGUGAGGAGGCAGUGAGGAAGGAUUCAGGGGAGGACGAGCUUGAGUCGGUGGGCGACAGGAAGGACAGGAUAGCAGUUGUCUAUGGAAAACAGGACCACAUGUGGCAGGGUAAAUCUGAAUACGUGACGGCCAUUGGUGAGGAGCUCGAGAUUCAUGCCACAGUCUACUGGCCUCCAGGACACAACUUGAGUCUGCCCAGUUUCAUUAAAAAUCAUGGACUCCUGAGUCAGGAAGACUUCCUAAAACUUCUCCGCAAAGCAAAGGUCUUUGUAGGUCUUGGGUUCCCCUAUGAGGGUCCAGCUCCUAUUGAGGCCAUUGCCCAGGGCUGCAUAUUCCUUCAGCCGCGGUUUGACCCUCCACACUCAUCAGACAACAAUGACUUCUACAAGGGGAAGCCCACCACCAGACAGAUAACAUCGCAGCACCCCUAUGCUGAACAGUUCAUUGGUAAACCCCAUGUGUGGACGGUGGACAUGACCAACAUGACUGAUAUUCGGGAGGCAGUCAAGGCUAUUGUGAAAACUGAGGUGAAACCUUUCACUCCUCAAGAGUUAACCUGUGUGGGGAUGUUGGAACGGGUUCGUGGUUACAUCACUCACCAGGACUUUUGCAGUAAAUCUGUCCCAACAUGGCCUCCGGAGAAAGCUUUAAAGGUCCAUCUGGGCCCACUGGGUCAGUCCUGCACAAACGUGUGUCAGCGCUCCUCCCUCCUGUGUGAGCCCGCCCUCUUUCAUCACCUCAACACUCCCAACAUGUUUUCCAGGCUGGGACUGGGCUGCUCCAGCAUUGCGCAGGAAGUCAACCAUCUGUUCCCUUCCUACAGCCCUUGGGGUCGUCGCUGUGGCCUUCAGCAGGAGCCUCUCCUGUUCAGUUGUGCUGGUUCGGACCCUUCACAUCGCAGGCUGUGUCCUUGCAGAGCUCAUCUACCUGGACAGGUGGCCCUCAUUUUCUCAAAGACUCACACAGACUUCUCUCAUCAUCCCCUCCUGCGCAACAACAUCUGA